CUGCGGGCAGCGUAGGCAGCGGCAAUCCACUCAGUUUUCUGAGCAGCUAAUGGUCUCCAUCCCAUCUCCCCUUUCCUGAGUAGACGUUUGUUUCUUUCUCUCGCUUCAACGGUGCUACUGAUCUGAAAUAUGCCUCCGUCGCCAGCAGCUACCAACUUCAAAGGUCCCCGUGGGCCGCUGAAGCAUCGUUGUGGUCUUUGCCAGGUCCCUGGGCCCAAGGCUAAACUUUCCCUAUGUACAGGGUGUCGAGUGGUCCGCUACUGCUCUCGGGAGCACCAAGUCCAGCACCGCCCAGAGCACAAAUCUGUAUGUAACAAGAUCAAACGUUACCGCACCAAAGUCGCCAAAGAAGAGGAUGCGGUUCGCAAUGCAACAGAGGAUUUCAUGACCCCGGCAAACGCAUUCGAGACUCAUGUUGGCCACUUCUGGGGCAUCCUCAAUACUCGGGACUACAUGCGGGCACGAUUCGAGCUGGCCGAUACGGUCCGCCUAGCAGGGACAUUGGACGGUGUCACUGAGGCCCUCGAACAUAUGCGGGAUAUGCUGCGGCUAUGCAGAAAGGACAACGUGGGCGUACGACACAUCAUACCUCCGGUGAUGCUUCAGCUUGAUCAAGACCAAGAAUGCUACGACUUCAUAAAGUGGUAUGAGACCGAAGGUCAACGCGGGGACUACGACUGGGGUAAUAUGGACUUGCCAUUCCUCAACAUCAAAGGUGCCGACAUCCUUGAAGACGUCGAAUACCUUCGCGGAAAAUAUGCGGACGUCCAUAAUGUGUCUGCAGUAAUGCUACUCAAGUUGAAGCUGCUCGUCGACAUAAUCAACAUUAAGCUUGCUCGAAAAGUCAUCAGUGCCCGCUUGCCUCCUGAGACAUGGGAAGGCGUCGAACUGCGCGUUAUUCGAAGCCCACUUAGCCGGCAGUGGGUAGGGAAAUCUGAUCAGCUCCUUACAAGCGUGCAGCAGAAGCUCGAAAUUCAUGUCAAACUCCUCGCCAGGACUCUGCAGACACUCAACGAGCAUUUUGUCUCCACUCUUUUGGAGGCUGAUGAGUGGCUCUCUGAAUCACCUUACACAUAUUCUCGGGGUUCGUUCGAGGAAAUGCUGUUGCUUUUGCAAUACAGUUAUGCCGCUUGGUGGCAGCAUGAGGGCGUCUUGGAACUACUGCAAUCCGCAAAGGCAAUCGCAGCCAAGGACUCGGAGGUCGAGAUCGAGAGUAUGAUGAAGAGCACGACUUUCAAGACCAAUCCUGGGUCAAAUAGGACCAAGGCCGAAUUGCUGGAUGACGUGAGUCGCAAUCGUCUUUGGGGAUAUUUCAGCGAUGCCGUGGAGGAUGCCACCAGUCUAAACGAAACCCCUCCGUCCGAAGUCAAGAUCCUGUCCUACCUUGGUGACUCGGACUACGAUAUUAGCGACGAGUCGGAUUGAUGUACGUCUCCUGUGUCCUCUUGCUAGCCACGAGCCCACCAUAUUCAAUCCAGAAGUUUCUUUUAUCCGGAGAAAGUCACCAGCGAUACGACACAUGGACGCAACCAAUGUAAAGGGGAAGAUGACCAUGCCAAUAUGCUCAGGGACAAUCCUUUGACCACAAUAUACGUUGUAGUACUGUAAACAUACUUAGGUAGGUAUGCAGGGUGCUAGAGCACUCUAUCGACUACCGUAGUUAGUUAUCGAUAAGGCGCGAUAGGCGUCGACGAUAUCGAUAGCGAUAUCGAUAGCGAUAGGAGUGGAUAGACGCUUAGAUAACGAAAGGGCGGGGUUCAAGUUUUGCAAAUGGGACAGGCAAGGCAAUAAGAAUAGGCAGACUAUGAAGCUCCUACUGUUGGUCUGAAUCACACAUGUGCAGUAGUGUCGCCAUUGAGACAGAGCAUGGGUGUUUUCUCGGCCGGCAAACUUUUUUUUACCUUUACAUCGGCAUGGCAUGUACAAUGUACCCACGAGAUGAUCGAUCACAUUUGUCAGUGGAGUAACUGUGGUGAAGAGGAACGAAAGAGAAGACCCAAAAAUUCUACAACUAAUCGCAAUCCGAAGAAAAAAAAUUCACAAAGGUACCAAGUAUGCAGUGCAUUGUGUCCACUUGGC